GGAAUUGGCACAGGGGAGGAGAGAGACAGGCGCCUACAGGCAUACAGGGCUAGAGAGAGAAAGAGGGAGACCCAUUACCAAUGCCAAGAACAAGAAAUCAGAGAGGACAGUCGCGAAUCCAAUCCGAAUCCCCUCCAAAAACCCACCUAACAGCCUCCCCCAUCUCCAAGAACAAGAACAAGAGAGCAUCCUAGGAAAAAAAGAAGCCCAGAAAGACCAAGACAAAGGUACUAGCAUCUUUGUGCCCCAGACACACCCCGAUCACAAAACCGAAUCCCUCCUCUUCCAAUCCAUCCCGCAAGCAGAACAAACAAGAUUUGUUCGAUCUGUACUCGAGUUUUUCUUGUAAAGAUUUCCUUUUUCUUUGACUGUUACUAGUCUUGAGUUGUUGAGAAGUUUCGAGAAGAGUGGUGGGAGGGUUGAAGAGCUCGGAGAAGGAAGGAGAUGGAUCCGGCCUUGCUGGACGACGUCAUACGGCGGCUGCUGGAAGUGAAGAAUCUGAAGCCGGGGAAGAACGCGCAGCUGUCAGAGUCGGAGAUUAAGCAGCUCUGCGCUGCCGCCAAGGAGAUCUUCCUGCAGCAGCCUAACCUUCUGGAGCUCGAGGCCCCCAUCAAAAUCUGCGGUGAUGUCCAUGGCCAGUUUUCUGAUCUACUGAGGCUAUUUGAUUACGGUGGCUAUCCGCCUCAGUCCAACUACCUUUUCUUGGGUGAUUAUGUGGAUCGUGGAAAGCAAAGCCUGGAAACAAUAUGUCUUCUUUUGGCUUACAAGGUCAAGUACCCAGAGAACUUUUUCCUUCUAAGGGGCAACCAUGAAUGUGCAUCAGUAAAUCGCAUCUAUGGUUUUUAUGACGAGUGCAAGCGCAGAUUUAGUGUGAAACUCUGGAAAACAUUCACAGACUGUUUUAACUGCUUACCAGUGUCAGCACUGAUAGAUGAGAAGAUUCUCUGUAUGCAUGGUGGUCUUUCCCCCGAGUUGAACAAGCUGGAUCAAAUACUCAACCUGAAUCGCCCCACAGAUGUGCCUGACACUGGAUUACUCUGUGAUCUUCUUUGGUCUGAUCCUUCCAAUGAAGCACAAGGCUGGGCCAUGAACGAUCGAGGUGUUUCAUAUACAUUUGGGCCUGAUAAAGUUGCUGAAUUCCUUGAGAAGCAUGAUUUGGACCUCAUCUGCAGAGCUCAUCAGGUUGUUGAAGAUGGAUAUGAGUUUUUCGCUAACCGCCAGCUUGUAACAAUAUUCUCGGCCCCUAACUACUGUGGAGAAUUCGAUAAUGCUGGUGCCAUGAUGAGUGUAGAUGAGACAUUGAUGUGCUCCUUCCAGAUACUUAAGCCUGCGAGGAAGAUGUUGGCUGGUUCAACUAAUAAUAAAUCUGGCUUCAAGUCAUUGAGAGGAUGGUGACAAUGGCCCGAUGGUGAGCAAGCUGUGAUGAACAGGGGCAGGAUCUUACAUUGGCUGCAAUUAACAGGCAUUUUCAUGGAAACCUCAGGGCCUGGAAGAGCAUAGCAGAUGUGUACAACUCUCCUCGCAAAGGAACUGUACAUCUUCCAUCAUGUUGGAUUAACACUCUUGUUAUGUAUUGUUGGUUUUUACUGUGCGGAUCUCCUAUGGUAUGAGAGGAUGUGAAUGACGACUGUUGUUUCCUUUGCGUCCUAAAUUGGAAAGAUUCAGGCAGGCAUACGCCAAUAAAAUUGCUGGAGUCUUUCGGAUGCCUUUGCACUGAAUUUC